AUGUACAAUCCUUGUUGGGCUCCAACGAUUUUCUCUACUUGGAUAAAUUGCGAAAGUUUGAACUUGGGACAUAUGCUGAACGCCGCGAGUUUUCGCGCGAGCGCCAUGCAACGACAAAGUUAUUACACGAAUGACACUGCCGCGACUUUCGGGAAAGACGUGGAGAGAAUGACGCUCAACCAACUAACUCCUCUGGGAACGUAUUCAAGAAAAAUCUUCAUUGGUGGACUCCCGCGGAACGAAUCAAACUAUUGUAUUUCAGCAGCUAUGCUCACCGAAGCACUCAGCAAGUUUGGUCCAGUUGAGGUGGAUUGGCCAAAUCGGGAAGAAGAUAACUUUGCACCAAACAAUGGUUUUGCUUUUGCGAUCUUUGAAAAAGAAGAAAGCGUCCACGGACUGCUCUACAGCUGUCAACCUUCACCAAACGGAGAGAUGAUGCUUAUCAAAGCUGACUCAAUCGAAAAAAAGGUUCAAAUUCGCCCAUGGAUUUGCAAGAAAAAGUUUUGGAACAAUACCGCAAUUAGCAGCGAGAGUUUCACAAGCUUGGAACGCUUCACGACUUUUAUUGGUGGAGUGCCUCGGAUCGUAACUGCAGAACAAUUGGCUAAAACAUUGAUGAACAAAAUUGGAAAUGUCGCCAUUGUGGAAAUUGAAACCGAUCGGUUCACCAAUUAUCCUAAAGGUACCGCUCGAGUCGUUUUUGCGUCGCGUGAAGCUUACGUUAUUUCACUGGCUCGACAACAAAGUCCGGAAGCAAAUUCUGUGCUGAGCUUCCCUGUCUCAAAUACUUUUGCAAUGACUGCUGGGAUGAGUCUCAUAAAUUCAAGGACCAUCAGCCAAUGUUGUGCGGCAGCUUCUAUCGUGGACUGGAGA